AUGGCUAGUGCCGGUGACGGGAUUCCAACUUUCAAACUUGUCUUAGUAGGAGAUGGUGGAACAGGAAAAACCACAUUUGUAAAACGUCAUCUAACCGGAGAAUUCGAGAAGAAAUAUGUUGGUGAGUGAUA